UUGAAAAUGUCAACACUUCCGUUUUUGUUGAGCGUAGCCGAUGAGCUCGAUAACCUCAACUCACAGUCGUACAUGGACGACUUUGGGCUGGGCUUCCAUCCGCAUCGCCAAUACUAUCGCACGCCCACCAUACAAUUGUCCUUGCCCGCCAGCACCGACUGGAUGGAGAAUGAGCGUUCGCAACGCUGUCGCUCACACAAAUUCGUCUUCGAAACACAAAACAAUCUAACCGCCACGGCGGAGGGUGACGAAACGGACACCACUGAUGAGACGGGCAAUGGUGGUGGACGCAGUGGUGCUAGUGGCGCGCUGGAUGCUGGCACCGGUGGUAUGGGUACAGAUAAUGCGUACACCGAGCGCUAUGGCAGUGGCGCAAGCACUUCGGCCGCCAGUCGCCAAAAGUAUACGUCGCUGCUGAAUUCCAAUGAUGAAGAUGGCAAUGGUAAGGGCGGCGGCGUUGGUAAGCGUAAUGAAGCUGACGGCAUCGACAAUACGGUGCAAAUGUAUAAUUUGUCGAAGAAGUGUUGCAAGAAUUACUAUCGACGCGGCGAUGAACCGACGUCAGGCGCAAUGGCGGCCAAAGGGAAAUCCGCUGAGGGCGGCUAUCGUUUGCAUGCCAAGUGCAUGGAGGGCGCCAACUCGUCAUCGGACGAGAGUUUGCAGAAGCCCACAUCAUCCAUAGAGUUUUUGACGUGCUUCCUGGUGAAAAAGUCGCGCGCACCCAAAGGUGCGGGCAUUAGCGGCGGCAGCGGCAGUGGCAAGAAAUCGUCGUAG